AUGGCGAGACAUGAGGAUAUUGAGAUGCAAUUGGCUGAGUUAGAUAUUGAUGGAGAGGAGAACGAACAAUUGGUGUUUGAAGAAGGUGUUGACGAGACGGUGAAUAAGUUCGAGUUAUGCUUGAUAGGACGUUUCUUAACAGAGAAAACUAUCAAUAGUAGAGCGAUGAUGUCCAAGAUGGCGGAUGUCUGGAAACCGGCAAUGGGGAUCAACAUCAAAGAACUUGAUACAGGUGUCUUUAUUUUCCAGUUCUAUCAUAAUGAAGACAUGCGGUGGGUGUUGAAUGGAGGACCUUGGUCGUUCGAUAACGCCAUGCUGGUUAUGGAGACCAUUCCUUUGGGUGUGGAGCCAAUGAAGGUAUCUCUUUGGCAUCUAAAUAUAUGGAUUCAGAUUCAUGACUUACCAACGGGCUUUAUGUCAGAGAUCGUAGGUAAGCAACUGGGGAACUUUUUUGGAGAGUUUUUGGAGUAUGAUCCGAAGAAUAACUCUAGUAUUUGGAGGGAGUGCAUGAGGUUAAAGAUUCGUCUGGAUGUGAGGAAACCACUCAAGAGGAAGAAGAAGAUCACCAGGAAGAAUGGGGGAGAUUUCAUUGUUAAUUGUAAAUAUGAGCGCCUUGGUGAGUUCUGUUUCAUCUGUGGUCUGGUCUCUCAUACUGACAGAUUCUGUAGAAGAUUUCUGGAUAAAAGAAGUGAAAGUGCAGUAAAGGAAUGGGGUGUGUGGCUUCGUGCGCCACCACGGCGGGCGGUAGGUCAGCAGAAGAGCAAGUGGCUCCGGGAAGAGAACGACGGUGAGUGGGAGACAAGGAUGGGUAGGAGCAACGACAUCCCACCUUUUCCGGAAAAGGCGAAAAAUGGAGGGAGGGAGAUUUUCAAAAUAUGGAUAAGGAUGGGGAAGGCGCUGAUAGAGCGAUAA